AUGGCAGAUCUUGGAUUCUACAAAGACAAUUCGUUUCUCGCCGAACAAUGGACGGAAUUCGGAGUUAGCGUGGUCAUCAUUUUCAUGCGACUCGGGGUGCGUCUGCGAAUGGUUGGGGGGCGAGGGUUUCAAGGAGAUGAUUACCUGGCAUUCCUGGCCUUGUGUCUACUAACGAUGGACGGUAUCACGGUCCACUUUUCAUAUAAACGAGGGACCAAUCUCGAAGUACCAGAUGCCUUACAAAACAAACUCACACCUCAUCAAUACCGAUCCGUUGAAUCUGGCUCGAAGUUCGAGUUAGCUGCAUGGUACUCAUAUACGGCGUUGAUUUGGGUUAUGAAGGGCAAGAUGUUGUUCCUUUAG